UGACGUUUCAGUUCAGUGUCAAACGGAAACGAAAGACUUGACAACAAUCCCGAGUGAAUAAUUCUCCUGUAAUUUAAUUAACUCCUCAAUCUGUUUCUUCCAGAUAUUUUCGAGGAUUCGAAAAGUUUUUAUUCGUCGCCUUGAAUACAUACAGUGACUUUAGUCGACAGCCAGCCACACUAACGCUAAAGCUGCGACAUUUUUAAACCAAACGUAAGCUGCUGUUGUUGUACAGGAGCUAGCUGUCGGUAUAGGAGUUCACACCUGUCAGUAAAUGGCCUGCACUCUUGAAAAAGUGUUGGGCGAUGCCCGGACCCUUCUGGAGAGGCUGAAAGAGCACGACACGGCCGCAGAGGGACUGAUAGAGCAGUCCGGGGCCCUCAGCCAGAGGGUGCACAGCAUGAAAGAGGUGGGGAAUGCCCUUCCUGACAAGCACAUAGAAGACACUUCAGAGAUCCAGGAGCUGACCAAAUACAAGCCUCAUGUCCUUUUAACUCAGGAAAACACACAAAUCAAGGAACUGCAGCAGGAGAAUAAAGAGCUAUGGUUGUCUCUUGAAGAGCACCAGUAUGCACUGGAACUGAUCAUGGGUCGAUACCGUAAGCAGAUGCUCCAGCUGAUGAUGGCCAAGAAAGAGCUGGACACUAAACCUGUGCUCACCCUCCACGAGGACCACGCCAAAGAAGUGCAGAGCCAAUUGGAGCGAAUAUGUGAGAUGGGACAGGUGAUGAGAAGAGCGGUGCAGGUGGAUGAUCAGCACUACUGCUCUGUUAGAGAGAGGCUUGCACAGCUAGAGAUUGAGAACAAGGAGCUGCGAGACCUCCUGGUCAUCAGCAAGGCCUCGGUGAAGACAGCGAGAGAAGAAACUAACCAGCCAACAGCAGCACAAGAACAAAAAGAGUCCCCUGAGCCAGCAGACGACGAGUAAACAGAGCAACUCUGAAAUGAACUGUGAUCGUGAAAAUGACACCUUCAGGACCAGGAGACAGGGUGGAUGUUCUCUUUACCUAAAAUCACCACAUUAUUUUUUUAUCUUAAGGUGGAAUGCAGUCAAACCACAAGCAUAUUUUUUAUUAGUGAAGGCCCCUCAAACACAGCACCUUCUUUACCUUUGGGAUCUCUGUUGAUGGUAGCUAUUGUUAAUAUGUGUUCAGCAUGGGAUGUAUCACUGCAGUCUUGUUGGAGUGACAGUCACACUUUCACCUUGAUAUUUUAUAAAAUGUCUUGGUCAUCGCUCAAAGAGCUAUGAAUGGUUUACUCUUAACGGAAAUGGUCUCUACCUCUUUGAUGCCCCUUUGCUGUUCACACACACACACACACACACACACACACUCACAAAGUGUUUGUUAUCAUCCAUGCUAUUUCUUCACUUGAAGUCCAACUUGUGUUCUUCACAAUGUUUGGAGGUUGUGCUUGAUAAUCACUGCCAACAAUAUGUCUUUGGCUGUUUCACAGUAUGCCUGCUAAGGAGUGACAGUGGAUCAUUUAUAUGUGAUUGUCUGAUCAUUUUAUGAAUUUGAUAUGUCUGUCAGUCAGUUUGUAGAGUUCACAGAUAACAACAACAUAUUUUCCAUGUUUCGUAUUUUGAUUCUGUGCAUUAAAUACUAGUUUUGUAAUUUUCAGAUUUGGAUACAGAGUAAUCGAGCUGAUGGAACAUCUUUAUUUAACUAUUUGAAAACAUGGCAACUUCUAUUGUAAACGGUAUCAAAUGUUUGAAGACUGUAUAUUGUGAGAAAUUAAAUAUUGUCAUCUCAGGAAAUCAGUGUUAAAAGGGUGGACAUGCUGUAAUGACUUCAUGACAGUUUACUGAUCUGUGUCAAAUGAGAUUUCGUGUAGAAACUUAACAAUAAAUUUGCAACAAAAAAACGUA